CUCUACCUUCGUGAUAACCAACUUUCCGGCUCCAUCCCCCAAGAGAUGGAGAAACUUAAAAAGCUGGCUAUACUGCAUUUGGAUACUAACCAAUUUUCUGGCUAUUUGCCCCAAUAUAUUGGCCAAGGUGGAUCACUCACAAACUUUUCAGUUUCCGACAACCAUUUGAUUGGUCCAAUUCCCAAAAGCUUGAAAACUAGCACAAAGUUAUUCAGAGUCCGACUUGAUGGAAACCAAUUGUCAAGCAAUCUAUCAGAAGACUUUGGAGUCUAUCCAAAUCUUCGAUUUCUAGACCUGAGCAACAAUAACCUGUAUGGGGAAAUCUCAAGUAACUGGGGACAGUGCCCACAAUUGACAACCUUACUAAUUGCAGGAAACAACUUAACUGGCAGUAUACCACCUGAGAUUGGAAAUGCAACCCAAAUGCACGAGCUCGAUCUUUCUUCCAAUGGUUUAGUUGGGAGGAUUCCAGAAGAAAUUGGAAGAUUGACUUCUUUGGUGAAGCUGAAGUUGGAUGGAAAUCAACUUUCAGGUAGCAUACCACCAGAAUUUGGAUCAUUGACCAAUCUUGAAUAUCUUGAUCUAUCCAGAAACACAUUGAACGAAUCAAUUCCAAGCAUUCUGGGUGAUCUGCUCAAACUACACUAGAAUUUGAGCAACAAUAAGUUUGGAGAACGAAUUCCUGCUCACUUGGGGAAGUUAGCUCAACUGUCCCAACUAGAUUUGAGUCAAAACUCAAUCGAGGGAGGGAUACCAUCAGAACUCAGCAGUAUGCAGAGUUUGGAGAUGUUGAAUUUGUCACACAAUAAUCUUUCUGGUUCCAUUCCAACAAGUUUUGGAAAUAUGCACGGCUUGUGAUAUGUUGACAUAUCGUUCAAUGAGUUGGAAGGUCCGCUUCCCAACAACAAAGCAUUUCAAGAUGCUUCUCCAGAAGCCUUGCAAGGGAACAAGGGAUUGUGUGGCAACAUUGAAGAUUUGGAACCCUGCAAUAAAGAUGGCUCAAAAAAGGUCCAUGGCCCGAAACUGGUAUAUGUGAUCCCAUUUUCUCUUCUGGCAUUACUUUUACUUCUAUCUUCCUGCUCCAUCGUAGCAUUUAGAAAAAAGAAGCAUCAGGAUGACCAAAGAAACAACAAGCAUGAAGAGAUUUCUUUUUUAGCAUUAGAAUUUGAUGGCAAGACAAUGUAUGAGGAAAUCAUAAAAGCAACAGAGGAUUUUGAUUCCACAUAUUGCAUUGGGAAGGGAGGACAGGGAAGCGUCUACAAGGUGAACCUGGCAUCUGCCAACAUAGUGGCUGUGAAGAAAUUGCAUCAGUUAUGCAGUGACGAUGAAAAAGUUAAGAAGGAAUUCUUAAAUGAAGUACGUGCACCAACUGAGAUUCGACACCGAAACAUUGUGAAGCUUUAUGGCUUCUGUUCACAUAGGCAACACUCAUUCUUGGUAUAUGAGUAUAUAGAAAGGGGUAGCUUGGCGACAGUGUUGAGCAAUGACGGUGAAGCUCAAGAACUGGGGUGGAGUGAAAGGGUGAAAAUUGUCAAAGGUGUAGCUCAUGCCUUGUGUUACAUGCACCACGAUUGUUUGGAAGCAAUUGUUCAUCGGGACAUAUCAAGCAAGAACAUUUUGCUGAAUGCCGACUUUCAAGCCUGUGUUUCAGAUUUUGGCACUGCCAAGUUCUUGAACCCAGACUCAGCUAAUUGGACUGCCCUUGCAGGCACCUAUGGAUAUAUUGCACCAGAACUUGCUUAUACAAUGGAAGUGAACGAGAAAUGUGAUGUUUAUAGCUUCGGUGUGGUAACAUUGGAAAUACUUAUGGGAAGGCAUCCAGGAGAGCUCCUCGUACCUCUAUCAUCAGGGUCAUCGACACAGUCAUCUGCAUUACCCAUCCAUCAAAUGUCAAUUUCGGAUGUUUUUAACAAGCGCAUUUCCCCUCCUACAGAUGAAGUUGCAGGGGAGCUGCUCUCUCUUGUGAAGAUAGCAUUUUCAUGCUUGAAUACUAGUCCUCAGUCUCGACCAAAUAUGGAACAAGUUUCUCAACAAAUGGAAACUCAGAGGCUGCAUUUGUCAAAGCCAUUACAGAUGAUAAGAUGUGGUGAAUUGAUAGUUUGACUGCCUGAUAAAUUGGGAAUAACAGAAUGUGCUUCUUUCCUAUACAAAAUCACUAUGUGUGCUUUCCUUUCAGCAAAAGGAUUAUUGUAUCCUUAUUGUAAUUUUAGUUCAUGUGCUUCUGUGCUAUGGCUCAU